GGGAGAUUCAGUAGUUAUCUUACUGCCUGAACUAUUUCUUUCUUGUUUUGGAUUAAAAACAUAGCAGUAUAUAAUAUAUAUAUCAUCUUGUCCUGGGACAUUGCUGGUACAUCCAACAUAACAAAAUGUCGAAGAAGAAAGGACUAAGUUUGGAGGAGAAGAGAACUCGCAUGAUGGAGAUUUUCUUUGAUUCGAAAGAUGUGUUUCAGCUGAAAGACAUUGAGAAGAUCGCUCCUAAGUCAAAGGGCAUAUCUCCCAUGACUGUGAAGGAUGUGCUACAGAGCCUGGUGGAUGACAACAUGGUGGACUGUGAGAGAGUGGGAACAUCCAACUACUACUGGGCUUUUCCCAGCAAGGCCCUCCACGCUCGCAAGCAUAAACUGGAGGAGCUGCAGAAACAAAUUUCUGAAGCAAAGCAGCGGAAAUUGUCUGUACAGAAAGCCGUUGAAAAGGCGAAAGUAGGACGUCAAGAUACAAAGGACAGAAGCUCUCUGCUGAAGGAGCUGCAGGCUCUGAGAGAGGAGCGGACUCAGCUGCAGGCCGAGUUGGACAAGUACAGAGAAUGUGACCCAGAGGUCGUUGAGGAGAUGAGAAAGUCGAAUGUUGUAGCAAAAGAAGCUGUUUCCCGCUGGACAGACAAUGUUUUUGCCAUCAAGUCAUGGACCAAAAAGAAGUUUUCCUUUGAUGACGGCCGCAUCAACAAAGCCUUCGGGAUCCCUGAGGACUUUGACUACUUGGACUGACUGGCAGCGUUUAUACCAGACUUUAUGGUAACAUUUGGCAAAGAAUAAGUGUUUAAGCUUCAGUUUGAAGCCAGUAUACCUGGUCUCAGCAGUUCUACUUUAUGUUCUGGGUAGCACAGCUAUUCUCAACCUUGGGGUCGGGACCCCAAUUGGGGUCGCGAGAUGAUUUCUGGGGGUCGCCAAAUCAUUUUGGAAGUCAGCUCUGUCUCCACUGUGUUAAAGUGUUCAUGUGUUAAUGUGUUUUAAUGUGUCUUUUU